GCAGGUCCUGAGACAGAGCGCUCGGCUCGGAGCUGCGCGGCCGCCAGUGUGCACCAGCGAAGCGAGCGGAGCGCUUGUUCAAGUCAACCAAACAGCCUGCUGGCAAAGAGUGGUUGGGUUUUUUUUUUUUCUUCUUUUUUUUAAUUUGUCUUUUUUUCUUUCUGCCUCUAACCAGGCUGGAUACGGGCUACUGUGCGUCCUGCUUUGUUUUCUGACCAACAUGAAAUGCGUGUUGUACAUACAGUAGGCUCUUUCAUCGUUUCUGCACAACUGGCUUUUUGGCUGAACCUUUUUUUUAUGUGGCAUGGACUAAUUAUCAGGAUACCUGCGACCUUUUCCAAGGGAAUUAAGUAAACGCUUCAAGUCUUGCGGCGGGGAUGAAAGACGAAAUCUUCUGGAAAUAAUAAAAAGGUAAUCGGGACUUCAGUGAUGUGAUGAAUCUCACUCGUUCUUUAGAAAAAGAUAUCCGGACUGGAGUUGUUGAAUCAUUUUGUGACUGCUGAUCCUUUUUUUUUCUUUUUUCGUCCGAUGUGCAGUUGGAGAGCAAAAAUCUGAAAAGGACAUUUUGACCACUGCUCGUAUUAGCUCACAUACGCAAAGCAAUAUGUUUAUCCAAAAUGCGACUUAAGUGUUUCCUGGCAUUAGGGCGGAGAAUUUAACACGGACUUUUGAGCCCGGCUCAUUCAUCCUCACGGAAGAUUGAACAUUCUGUGGACUUCCCCACAAGAAUUCCUUCUAUAUGCAGUCCGAUUAUUUCCCCUUCUUUCAGCCCACUUGAAAAUGGACAGUUCGACAUAUGAGUCAUGCGUAAGACCAGUUUGCCGCUUGAGGAGUGCUGCGCGGAUUUACACGGUUAAAUCACUGUUGUGAGAAGAGCCAGCAUGUUUUCACAGAUCUGUCGUCCCCAAUGUUUCGCCCGUUGCAGUAGACCGGAGGAUGUGCUCUGCCUGAGAAGAGUCAAAUAGGCUUGCUGCAAUUAGAGCUUUCACGCCAUGGUAUAAUUUGUGCACGCGAGACCUUUUCCUCCCCUUUACACUUUUCUGGACAUUUGAAUGAGAUGAUUCAUUUGGAACGUUUUUUUCCCCGAUUUUUUUUCUGACGUGCAUUUCUAGUGCGUAAUUAGCGAGCUCUUCGUCGGGCUGAGGGGGAGAAGAAGAAAAAAAAAACUCAACAGGUACAAUGCAAACCAAGGAGAUGGAAUUAAUUCAAUUCUUUGCUGUGUUCCUCUUUAAUUGGGUCGCGGCCGAGGCUGUUAUCAACCUAAAGUAUGGAAUAAACGAGGAGAUGAAGCCCGGCUCAGUAAUUGGAAACGUGACAAAGGACGCGCUAAAGCAAGGAUUCCAGAUUGCGCUGCAGCCCCCGUACUUGAGGGUUAUUUCCAAUUCAGAACCGCGAUGGGUGGAACUCAGUCCCGCCGGAAUCCUUACAACCCAAAUGAAAAUAGAUCGGGAUGUGGUUUGUCGACAGAACCCUAAGUGCAUUAUUUCCCUAGAAGUAAUGUCAAAUAUGGAGAUCUGUGUCAUCAAGGUGGAAAUUGAAGAUUUGAACGAUAACGCACCCAGGUUUCCAACGAGCCACAUUGACAUUGAAAUCUCCGAGAAUGCCUCCCCUGGUACCAGGUUUCCCCUAGAGGGGGCAAGCGAUCCGGACUCGGGGACCUUUGGAGUGCAAUCAUAUUCCAUCACUCCGAAUGAGCUUUUCGGACUAGACAUAAAGACCAGAGGGGAUGGGUCUAAAAUUGCUGAGCUUGUUGUGCAAAAAUCAUUGGACCGCGAGACCCAGUCCCACUAUACGUAUGAAAUUAGUGCAGAAGAUGGAGGCGACCCUCCUAAAAUAGGCGCGGUCCAGUUAAAUAUCAAAGUGAUUGAUUCUAAUGACAACAACCCUGUCUUUGACGUGCCAGUGUAUACUGUCAAUGUCAUGGAAAAUUCCCCCAUUAAUACGUUAGUCAUUGACUUGAAUGCAACAGAUCCCGACGAGGGCACUAAUGGCGAGAUAGUGUACUCGUUCAACAGUUACGUCGGCGAAAACACCAGGGAUGCGUUCAAAAUUGACCCGGCAACCGGGAUCAUCACCGUGAACGGUGUCUUGGAUUACGAAGCAGCGAACAUAUACGAGAUCGACGUCCAGGCCAAAGAUUUAGGUCCCAACUCAAUCCCAGCUCACUGCAAAGUCACAGUGAACGUGAUGGACACAAACGAUAAUCCACCUGUCAUAAAUCUGCUCUCGCUCAACACAGAGAUGGUGGAAGUUAGUGAAAACGCGCAGCGUGGCUAUGUCAUUGCGCUGGUGAGGGUGUCCGAUAAGGAUUCCGGGGCCAACGGCAAAGUGCAGUGCAGGCUGCAGGGCAAUGUUCCGUUUAGACUUCAAGAAUAUGAGAGUUUCUCCACCAUACUUGUUGACGGCAGGCUGGACAGGGAGCAGAAGGACACAUACAACCUGACCAUCCAAGCGGAAGAUAGCGGUAUGCCUCCUCUACGCGCGACAAAGUCUUUGGUGGUCAAAGUCACGGACGAAAACGACAACCCUCCCCACUUCCUCAAACCACACUAUCAGGAGAUGGUGAUGGAAAACAACCUGCCCGGUUCAUGUCUGCUAGAGGUGUCGGCAGAAGACCCGGACCUGGGGAUGAAUGGCACAGUCUCCUACUCCAUUGUCCCCGGUGAGAUUAAGCACAUGGAUGUAAACACGUAUGUCAGCAUUAACCCAUCAGGCCGCAUUUACUCCAUGAGGUCAUUUGACCACGAAUACACCAGAACCUUUGAUUUCAAAGUGUUGGCCAGAGACAACGGUAACCCGUCCCUAUCCAGCAACGCCACGGUGCGCAUUGUCGUCCUGGAUGUCAACGACAACACACCUGUCAUGACGAACCCUCCGCUCGUUAAUGGCACAGCGGAGGUUUCCAUCCCCAGAAACGCUGGGGUGGGCUACAUGGUGACCCAAGUGAAGGCAGACGACUACGAUGAGGGGGAGAACGGCCGGCUGACCUACACCAUCUCAGAGGGCGACAGAGCUUUCUUUGAGAUCGACCAAGUCAACGGAGAGGUGCGUUCCACCAGGAUGUUUGGGGAAAACGCCAAAUCCACCUACGAGAUCACUGUGGUGGCGAGGGAUCACGGCAAGCCCUCCCUUUCUGCCUCGGCCUACAUCGUAGUGUACCUCUCACCGGACCUAAAUGCACAGGAGCCUAUCGGACCUGUCAACCUGUCCCUCAUCUUCAUCAUCGCUCUGGGCUCCAUCGCAGCCAUCCUAUUUGUCACUAUGAUUUUUGUGGCGGUCAAGUGCAAGAGGGAUAACAAGGAGAUCCGGACGUACAACUGCAGUUUCUUCUACUUGCGCAGGGUGGCGGAGUACUCAUACGGAAACCAGAAGAAGUCCAGCAAGAAGAAGAAGCUGAACAAGAACGACAUCCGCCUGGUGCCGCGCGACGUCGAGGAGACAGACAAGAUGAAUGUGGUGAGUUGCUCGUCUCUCACCUCCUCGCUCAACUACUUCGACUACCACCAGCAGAGCUUGCCGCUGGGCUGCAGGCGCUCCGAGAGCACCUUCCUCAACGUGGAGAACCAGAACUCACGCAAUGCAGCUCCCAACCACGGCUAUCAGCACCCGUUCACUGGGCAGGCCCACCAGCAGCCAGACCUCAUCAUCAACGGCAUGCCACUGCCAGAGACAGAGAAUUACUCCAUUGACUCCAGUUACGUGAACAGCAGAGCCCACCUCAUUAAAAGGCCCCCAUGUAGCACAUCGACAUUCAAAGACCUGGAGGGGAACAGUCUGAAGGACAGCGGCCACGAGGAGAGCGACCAGACCGACAGUGAACAUGACGUCCAGAGAGGACACUAUGUUGACACGGCUGUCAACGACGCGCUGAACAUGACCAUCCCCCCCAAUGUUUGCCAGCUGCCGGACCAAGAUCCCAGCGAAGGCUUCCACUGCCAGGACGAGUGCCGCAUCCUCGGCCACUCUGACCGCUGUUGGAUGCCCCGCCACUCCAUCCCGGCGCGCGUCAAGUCGCCCGAGCACGGCCGCAAUGUCAUCGCCUUGUCCAUCGAGGCCACCACGGUGGACGUGCCCCACUACGAGGACGGCACCAUCAAGAGGACAUUUGCCACCUUCGGUAAGGAUGGGCCCGAGGACGCGGAGCGGGGCGAGUUGAAGGGAAAGCGGACUCACGAGUCUCAGGUGUGCAGCCCCAAGGCCAACGGCGGCGCCGUCCGCGAAGCCGGCAACGGGCGCGAGGCGGCCAGCCCCAUCACCUCCCCCGUGCACCUGAAGAGCCCACCGGCCAAGCCGCCGUCUGCCUACAACACGCUGAAAUGCCGCGACGCGGAGCGGAUCGCCAACCACAGUCUGCUGCGGCAGCCCGAGGGGAAGGACAGUGAGCCAGCUGUCAGGGAGAUCAACACGCUUCUCCACGACGGCCGAGACAAGGAAUCCCCGAGCAGCAAGCGCCUCAAGGACAUUGUGCUCUAGCGAGCUUCUCUUGUGACACAAAACAACACUCCUACACGCACACACACACACACACACACACACACACACGCACACAGGCGCGCACACACGCACGCACGCACACGCACGUACGUGUAUAACUCACAUGUAUGUACCCCGCAAACAGCUGUGUGGACACAGGAGGCGGCGGGAGGAGGGAGACACACCCGUUCGCGGUACACAAAAUUGAAGAACCGGCUCGUGCUGAGGACGGUUGGACAUGUAACGUGUGCUCAAGGCGAGGUAGUGGAUGUGGCUUCGUGGUAGUCGCAGUACUUUUUCCUUGUUUGUUGGGGGGGGGGGGG